CUCAUCACAAACUCUGGCUCAUGUAGACAAUUUGUACAGUAUGACUGCAAUAAUGCUGCGCUAGGGUUUGAAUCCAAUAAGACUUGGUUUAAUGUGGCUGUCUGGAAUCGUACUGUAAAAAAGAUUGGACACGUGCCAAAUAGUUGUCCUUGUAUGGACUUGGGAUGCAUUGAAGGAAAGAAGUGUAACUGCGACUCUAGAGCCAUAGCAAGCGAUGCAGGUUAUUUAUAUGGAGAGGAUGCAGGGAUCAUAAGAAUUGUGGCUUUACAUAGCGAUGGUGAUGUCAGUGGUAAAUUCACUAUAGGUCCAUUAGAAUGUGAAGGAUUUGCCAGCCAUGGUCCAAUUCGAUUCGCUGAGCCACAGGCGCUAGUUGUUCGUCGAUGGAGGGGUGAACCGUUAUCAUUGCAGUUCCGAAUAGCAGACUCAUCUGCCACCAUACUAUCUAUAGUUGAAGAUGAAGAGCGGUAUUUAAAAGUGGAAAUAAUAAAUGGCCACAUGAUUCGCCUUUCGUUAUUCAACUCCAGUGUUGCUGUAGAAUCUCAAGCACGCUUGAACGAUACAAAAUGGCAUUUGCUAAAUCUCGAAUUUGCAAAUGAUGAAGUUCGCAUCGGAAUCAACGGUUUCAACGCAUUCGCAAGCGUUUCAAGUGAUAAGAUUCCAGAUGGAGAUCUGACGCUCAAUGAUGACGACAACGGUUUCAUUGGUUGUGUGAGAUCACUAUGGGUUAACGAUGAUAUUGUUCACUUACAAGGACUUGCUCAGCACGUAGAAGGCAUUUCACCAUAUUGUGAAGAUCGCUGUACCGCGAAUUUUUGUCAGAAUGGUGCUCAAUGUGUGGAAGAUUUCGCCGCCGAUGCUGCCGCAUGUCGCUGUAAAAAUCCUAACGUGCAAAGUGGACGGAAUUGUGAAAUUGGUCAGUUAUCUGGAAAAGUGGGCGGAGCCAUCAUCCUAUGGAACAACAUCAAUCAGAACUCAUCCGUCUCAUUCUAUGGUGGAUUUCUGAAGUACGAGUUAUCGCAGAAUCCUUUAAUUGAGCAAACUGUGUUUUCAUUUCGUACUGAUCAAUCACAAGCACUACUACUGUUCGUGCACGAUCACAACAAUAAUUUUAUGCAGGUGCGUCUAGUCAAUGUCUUGGUAAUAAGAAAAUAUCUUGUUACCGUUAGAGUUAUGCAGUUCAUUUGA